GGCCAUCAUGAAUGUUUACAAACAAAUAAAAAAUAAAGCAAAGGUUAAUACCCCGUACCAAUGCUGUAAAAACUCAUUGAUUCCAGUAAACAAAAUAAUAUAUAGUCUCUUCUUACGUUUUCUUUUCUUACUCGUAAUUAUGUUGCAUUAGUCUAAUACAACUUAAAGUCAAUCCUUUAAGUAUGUUUUCGAUUAAGAACUUUUAUGAUAGUUGGCACGUAGGAUUGGUACUCGCGUAAAUUUGUUUUUCCAGCAUUGGUGUUCCAGAUGUCAAAAGGUUUUCAGCUGACGUGGAAAGUUUCUAAACAAAAUUGCUCCUAACAAGUUCGAAGUUCGAAGCUGCUGUUCAUAUCACACUUGUUUGUGUUCACAACUGUAUUGUAAAAGCGAAGCGAUGCCGAGCCGCGACAUGAACCUGCGAGAUCGUCUGGAGGACAGCACACUGGACCUGAGCAUGUCCGACCUGGAGGAUGUUCCAGUUCGUGACAUUAUGGCGAUCAAAAAGGCUACAACGUUGGACCUCUCCAAUAAUCGACUGAAGAGCCUUGGGAAAAACUUUGCUACCCUGACACACAUCGUGAAGCUGGACCUGAGCAAGAACAUGUUGACGGAGCUGCCGGAGAACUUUGGAGAUCUGGUUCUCUUGAAGCAUCUGGAUCUGUACAGUAACCAGCUGACGCACCUACCGCUCAGCAUGGGCCGCCUGCAGAGUCUGCGCUGGCUGGACCUGAAGAACAACCCGCUGGUGCCUGCCGUGGCGGAGGUCGCAGGGCCCUGCCUGGACGCGCAGCAGUGCGUCAAGUGUGCGCGCAGUGUUGUGCCCUUCCUGCGUGCCAUGCAGGAGCAGAUUGACGAGGAGCGCGAGCGCCGCCUCGCGCAGAAGCGUAGGCAGCAAGAAAUGGCAGAGAAAGCAGCCUUAAAUCAGAAGAAAGAAGAAUCCAAGAAGAAAAAGAAGGCGAAGGCAGCAAACCACACUCAGGCCCAUGCAGAGAACGGAGUGAAGCUGACUACAAGAAGCGAGUCUGAGACCAAGCGAACAACACCAAAUGAGCCACGCACUGGCAAGACAAAAACUAAAAUUCCAGAAAAGAAAUCCACUUCAGUGUUGUGGGCAUGCUGCAAGCUGACCCUGCUGGCAUUGUUCCUGGGGGCAAUGACCCUGGGCGCUCUGUGGCUCGCGGACCCCCGCCAGUUCAAGGAGGUGGCGGGAGUGUUGGAGGUGCGGCUGUGGGAUGCGGUGAACUGGGUGCACAUCACUGCCGUCUGGUUGCGCGACCACGAUACUACUCGCUGGGCCGUCAGCAACGUGCUGGAAUUGUGGCAGGUGUUGUGGAAGCGCGCUCUUGCCGGCUGGCUGGCCGCCCAGCAUGGUGUCUCGCACUUCCUAGACACGCUCAGAAACAAGCUGCUAGGCGCAGUGUGAUGGCGCUGCGCCCCUGCUUCAAGACUCUCUGUGCCGGGGUGCUGCUGUCGGGCUCGGAGAGGUCAUGCUAAAUUUUGAGAUGUAUCUAAAUACAUGCAGGCAUCGGAAUCACUGUGACAUGUUAGGGAGGGCGUUUUUAUUGUUUGGCGACAAUUUUUUUGGAGCAAACAAAUAUAUUGUUAUGCAGGGAAUAACUAAAAUCAGGGAAGUUUUUGCUUACCACAUCUCAUUACUUUCCACAGUUUGAUGCUCUUAAAUUUGUGACACUCAUUUUAUGAUAUUUACUUCACAACACAACACAACACAACACAACACUAGUUGUUGUUGAAGUAAUUUUGCUUGCCAUGAUUCAUGUUUAAUAAGACUUCUGCAUUUACCUCAUUACAGAGUACUACUAACUUUAAAGUAGGUACACAGUUAUUUUGAAUAGAGACCAAAAUAAAUUAUAAGUUUUGUUAAUAUUUAAUGUUUAGUAUUAUAUUCUCUAUUUUUAAGUGUAAUUAAAUGUUGAUGCUUUACCGUUAUUUCCUCAAAAUUUUCCUGUGUAUAUUUCAUUGAAAUUUUUUGUGUAUCGUCUUACAGAUAUCAUUAAAAACUUUCAUCAUUUCUUUAAAAGAAAUAUCAAAUAAUUCUGAGAAAAAGAUUUGUUUGUUUACCUAUGUUUUCUUCAUUCGAAGAGAUGAAUGCAGUGACCAUUCAAGGGUUAUGUCUUCACAUGGAUUGCUAAGGCUGCUAGUAUCUGCCAAAAGAGCAAAUAAAGUUUGUGUGUUUAUGCUA